UCGCUCUCGUACUCCAUUGUGUGUUCGGAUAUAGUGUUAAAAAUUGGUGUGGUCCAAAGGAUAAAGAUACGGCGUGCAGUAAAACGCACACGCUACUGAACCAACUGAGGUCUCUUUUUUAGCUGGCAUUACGCCUCCGGAUAAGACAAACGCGUGGACGGCGACCAUUGGAGGUGUGGAAAACGAAGGACAACGGCGCAGUUGGUGGAUACGCUUAUACGGAAUGCAGAAAUGAAUGAUACAUGGCUUGCAAUUGGAAGGACAGCGCGAGCAAAGCAAACGACUGUUUAACAUUGGACCGUGCUGAGAAUGGAAGGACGAGGAACGGGUUUGCAUGUGCGUUAAUUCAGCUACACGAAUUUACCUGCAACCGAGCUGUCCUUUCGCUGGUCGAUUACUAACACGGUCACUGGACAAGAUUACUGUGUCCAGAUGCCAGUACUGAGGACAGAGUAGGAAUUUUAUUGAUUAAAAUUGGCUAAAAGGCCAAUAUUCACCAAACGUCAUCAAUUACAUCGCGUACUUUGUUGAACGAGGGAAGGAAACAAAAGCCAGCUGCAAAAAAAGAACAACAGUACGCGUUUGUUACGGCGUUUGUUUACAAAUUGAGAUAAUCAACAGCAGACAACAAGCCAGCAAGAAAGCGAGGGUAGAAAAGGACGAUAUUUUUAGAGUGUAAAAAUCAGCACACACAAACACACAUACACAAAACCCGAACUCAGCUUGGCGCCGUAGAAUCAAAUGUGUUGCUGGAAAUGAUUUGUAACAAGGACGUCGUCAAUUGGUUCAGAAAUCUGAAGAGCUACAGCAGAAUAGACACCAUGUGCAUCAUGCUGAACAUGUGCCUUCCGUUCGAGCUGCGGUUCCUCGGUACGUACCUGGAGGAUCUCGGCCGACGGGAUGCGCCGGAGCUGCGCGGUGCCGAGCUGAAGGUGAAUAAUCCGCAGGAGUUCAUCGCCGACAUCGCGUCCGGCGAACCGACCGAUCAGCGUAUCCGGCGCAAGAUGGCCCUAUUUCUGGCGCUGUAUCGUGCCUGUAACCACGCGUAUGCCAACGAGCUGUUCAAAACGCUCGAAGGCUGGGGUGCCCGGUCGGAUUUACAGCGGCUAUUCGAGGAGGACGAUCAGCAGGAGUUGCUGCUCGUUUACACGAUGGCCACUAACCAUCCGGUGUUUUCGUUCGAGCAACGGUUGCACUGUGGUGAGAUUUUUACGAAGCUUAAAUCCUGGGAACCGAAAGCUAACCACCGGGGAUCGGGCGAUCGGGAUGAUGCCGCACUGGAGCAACAGCAGCAACCGCAGCAGCAUCAUUCGCAGCAUCAUCAUCAGCAGCCACCAUCGCAGCAUCAUUCGAUGGAUUCGUUGCACAGCAACAGCCCACAACAAUCGCCAAUACAGCAGCAACAGCAACAUCAUCAACAACAUCAACCGCAACAUCUACAGAACUCGACGCCACCGCCUGCUGUUCCACCGCCCGGAACGGCAACCCUUCAUGCACUGCCACCGAAUGCGGCACUUUCGAUGCAAAAUUUACCACAAGGUCCAGCAUCGCUCGGGCAACCCGUUACGCUAAGUUAUACGGGAUUGCCAGGAUUGACACAGACGCUUCCUAAUGACGCCACGCUAACUCCUACGCAUUAUCUCGACACAUUGCAUGCGUUGCCAGUGCAGACAGAUUUUACAAUUCCUCCACCAGUGUCAUCGCGUUGGGUACAAUCCGUAUAUCAGCAGCUAUCCUAUCCUCCACCGUCAUCGUCGCCACACAUGAGCAAUCCCUCAUCACCGAUUCAGAGCCGUACUACAAGUCCAACCCGCAUCCAUCCGAGCAGUGUGCAGCAUCGAAUUAGCCGGAACCAGCAGAAUGAUCAGCAGCAACAGCAGCAGAACCAAUCGCAAAUGCAAAGCCUAAAGCCUGUUGAUGAGGUAGCAAUGCACAGUUUCACGAAUUUUAGGCUAAGACAUGAUUUGAUGAAUGUGGAUUUUUGCCUUUCCCAGGACCAGACAAUGGUGAUGCUGAGCCAGAUGCAGCUCCGAAAUGGUAUGCGGCAAACGCAUAAUACGUUGCCACGACAAUCGAAGCAGAACUAUGUCACGCAGCUUCCGCCAUAUCAUCAUCAACAGCAGCAACAACAGCAACAUCAUUCGCAACGAGAUAGUGGGAUUUAUCAUACGGCAAACUACAAUAUGAAAGGAGUUGGCGGCGUGAUGAUGGACAUCAUGAAUCACCAACCGAAUUCAACGGGCAGUGAUUCGGGUAGUUCUAUUGGAUCGACGGGUGAAGUGUCGCCGCCAGAAACCCCCGGUGUGGCACCGGCCAGCAUCCCCACGAUUCCACAUGCACGCUCGAAUCGUUCAAACAACAUGCGCAACAUAAACGGACGACCGGAGAAACAAUAUCCAUCGAUGACAUAUUCACAGCUACACCAACAGCACCAACAAAAUGUCGCACAUCAGCAACAACAGCAACAGUUUGCCGGCACCGAUCUAAUGGUACCCGGUACGGGGCAAACAUUUAUCGCGACUGGCACAACCAACGGUGCUACGAUGAGCGGCACUGGGAACAAUGGUGCCACCGGCGCUGGUGUCGUUUCAGCGGGACAGGUGUUGAUUAACCAACCGGGGGGGCAGUUUGUGUACGCCGGUACGCCGGCAUCCUUUCCGCAGGUAAGCGUAUCACACCGGUCCGUCGCUAAUGCGGCCUUGUCUCACGGCACCGCAUUCCGGACGGCGCCGGCUUACGCACAGACAAUUCAACCGCAGGCACCGCAAUCACAAACAGCCGAACCGAUACUGUAUCAGUAUCACCCGACAGCGGUUGUUGCUACCGGUGUGCCAGGCCCGACGGUGGUAGCGAACAGUGCGAUUCCGUAUCUCCCACCGCAACCUCCCUCCUCGACGGUGGCCAGCACCCAAACGAACCUGCCCGGUGCGGUACGAUCAUCACCCUCGCCCCAGAUUGGUUUGCUGCAGCAGACAAAAGUGGCAGCAGGAGGUAGCAGUUCUUACGGAGCAACAACAUCGCUUCCGUACACCAGUUCGGCACCAUCGUGCUACAACUGCGGUUCGUUGAAGCAUACCGGUCUAGAUUGCCCUGAAGCGUCCAUGGAAGACAUGACUCGAACGUCAAACUUUACGCUCGAUUACAACACUAUCAGCAACAGUGCAACGUCACCGGGAACGGUAACGACACCGACGACCACCACGAUACCGUCGCUCGGUGUUGGGACGGGGAACAGCAAUAACAACACGACGCAGGGCACUGCUUCGGUGGUUCUGUCCACAAAUGUGGCAUCCGGCGAAGGCAGCAGUAGUACGAACAGUAGCAGCAGCAGCAGCAACAGUAGCAAUACUAAUAGCGGUAAUGGUAACAAGAGCAACAAUACUACCAGCCUCAGCAGCAGCAAUACGAUCAGUGCCAGCAGUAAUAGCAAUAACAACAACAACAACAACAACCUUCAUCAUCACCAUCACCAUCAUCAUCAUCACGGCACUAGUGGUAGCGUGAGCAGCAGUAGUAGUAACAGCAAUAAUAGCUCCGUGGACGUACCGUUAACAGGCAACCUGUUGCCGGUGGAUGCUGUGAGCGGUAGCAGUAACAGCAUCAGCACCAGCAGCAACAGUUCCGGCAACAGUGGUGCAGCUGGCAGCACUGGCAGUGGCAACAGUAGCAACGCUGGUAGUGGUGGUGGUAGUAAUAAUAGUAGCAAUCUCGUUAGUGCUAGCGAUCGAUUUAAUGACAGACGGCUUAGCGCGAUAUACUGGUAGUGUGCGUUGGAAGUGAACCGAGUCAGAGUGCAUGCACUAAGUGAAAUUCGUGGGACAAGAGCGGUUUCGAAGCGGUCUGUGAAAAAAUCACAACCAUUACAUGAACUACGUAGCGUAACAAAAUGGAAUGGCAACAAACAAGGACUUUAACGAUAAGUAACUUUAUCGACGAGACGAGUAAUGUAACAAGCCACACAUCAUACACACCCAAGGCGCGUACGUAUAAUGUCUCUUUUAGUUACAAAAAAAAGGAUAAGAAUUUUUUCUCCCCUCUAAGAACUAUUUGCAAAUCUCCAGUCAGCGCGAAACGAUUUAAAUGGGAUGCCGUGUGUUAAAACGGAACUGCCGUGUGUCUAUAACCGGUCGUGCAAGGAGAAGAACACAGGAAAAAGGAAGCUUUUCGAACGUAUAGAAGUGUGUGCGGUGGUUUUAAAUGUGAUGUGAUUGAGAUAGAUCAGUGCGCGACAAAAUGGAAAUGAACCGCCCGGAAAAGGUUGGAAAAUGUAAGUAAACAAAUACAUUAAUAUAAGAGCAUAAGAGACAAACAAACAAACAAAAGAAUGUGAAAAAACAAUAGACACACUCUCACACACAUACACACGUUCGUUUAGUUUAGGAUAACAGGGAGAGAGAUUGUGAAUAGUUCAAACAAAAAGAUACAAACAAACUACAGCAGAGUUCUGGACGUUAUAUAAAAAAAUUCCCAGAAAAAAAGAAAAUGCUUUCGGGCCAGGAAAUGGAAAUGAAAAAGAAAAUUGCGAAUGAAAAUCAAGAAAAUACGGAAGGAAGAGAACACACACUCAAAAACCCACAUUAGCCCGAGUUUGUGUAGCGCGCUUGGGAAAUGCGUAACAGUAAUAAAUCGAUAAAAAUUAGUCUAUUAUUGAAACAAACAAACAAACAAAAAAAAAACAACAGUGUAUUUAUAUAUAAAAUUAUUAAUAAAAUAAUUUAAACAAGUUAGCAAAACAACAACAACAAACGGAGGUCGAAAGUUUGUUCCCAAAU